CAUAUAUCUGCGGAGGUCGCCCAACUCUCUAACCCUUCCUACGCCCUGCUAGCUGUUCCCUUUCCCCGAUCGUGUGCUUCCGCCGCGCGCGCAGGGAACCCUCCCGAUCGGAACUCUAGCCGGAGGGAGUCGGGCGAGGCGCCGGCUGCGAUCCGAUGGAUCUCAAGGAUAGCCUUUCCAGAUUCAAGCAACAGCAGGAGAGGUGCCAGUCAUCUUUGGCUAGCAUUGCUUUGAGCUCGAAGCCAAAGCACAGGGCCCAACCCAUAAAUGCUCCAUCUGUUCCAGCAAGGCCAUCACAACCUAUUAAAUUUUCAAAUGACACUGAAAGGCUUCAGCACAUUAAUUCAAUUAGGAAAUCCCCUGUUGGAGCACAGAUGAAACUUGUCAUCGAACUGCUCUACAAGACAAGACAAGCUUAUACUGCAGAGCAGAUAAAUGAAGCAACUUAUGUUGAUAUUCAUGGUAACAAGGCUGUCUUUGACAGCUUGAGGAACAACCCCAAAGUACACUAUGAUGGGAGACGUUUCUCGUACAAGUCCAAGCAUGAUCUUAAGGGAAAAGAUCAACUACUUGUUUUGAUAAGAAGGUUCGCAGAGGGUCUUGCUGUAGUGGAAGUCAAGGAUGCAUACCCAACUGUAAUGGAAGAUCUUCAGGCUCUGAAGGCAGCAGGUGAAGUUUGGCUGUUGUCAAACAUGGACUCUCAGGAGGACAUUGUGUACCCUAAUGAUCCUAAAGCCAAGAUCAAGGUUGACGACGAUCUGAAACAGCUCUUUCGGGAAAUUGAGUUACCACGUGACAUGGUGGAUGUGGAAAAGGAGCUUCAGAAGAACGGCAUCAAGCCCAUGACAAACACUGCGAAACGACGAGCAGCUGCCCAGAUUGAUGGGGUGAAACCCAAGCCUAAGCCCAAGAAGAAGCAGCGUGAGAUCACGAAACGGACCAAGCUCACAAAUGCCCAUCUGCCCGAGCUCUUCGAGAACCUCAACAAUUAACUGGGUUACAGUUUGUCACCAAAGCAAGGGUGAUUCGUUAUACCUCUGAUUAUUCCAGUGUCAUGUAUACAUGCAAGAUUCAGACGCGUUCUGCGUGCAGUUUAUGGCCCUGUAAGCUGUGCACAAGUUUGGUCGGGCCUCCAGAGUCGGGUCGUUUCCCUUCCACAUAUGCCACCCUUUCCCUUCCAAUGCAUAAAGAGGAUUUCAUAUGCCAUACUUGGUGCAAGUAAGAUGUAAUUUAAUUGAACGACAUCACAAUUGAGCAUGUCUGCGCACCUCACAAAAUUUUGAUGCAUCUCUGUUAUGCUUCA